AGAUCUCCCUGGAUGUUUCCGGAGAGGGAAGAAGUCUGCUGCUGCUUCCGCCGCCAUUGCGGAUUUCAGAGAGCAGAUCAGCCGCUGCCAUCCAUCGUUGCUGUGCAGAGGAACAUUCACGGAAGGCGCGUCGACUCCAACGCUUUUUGGUGGCAUCAAAUUUCGGAAACACGACUACCAGCGCACCUUGUCGUGAUUUUGUUCCGUCGUGCAGCAUUUUUUUUUUUCACUGGCUGGCUCCGACCUACAGUGAGGAGGUCGUAGCUAGCUAGCGCGGUGCUGCUACUGCCCAGCUAACUAGCUGCAGCGGCUACAAUUUCAGGACUCCGGAGGAGCUCAAGGAAACCACCACCAUGGCUCAGAUAUUGCCUAUCCGCUUCCAGGAGCACCUGCAGCUCCAAAACCUGGGCAUCAACCCAGCCAACAUCGGCUUCAGCACCCUAACCAUGGAGUCCGACAAGUUCAUCUGUGUGAGGGAGAAAGUGGGGGAACAGGCCCAGGUGGUCAUCAUCGAUAUGGCCGACCCCAAUAAUCCCAUUCGCCGCCCCAUUUCUGCUGACAGCGCCAUCAUGAACCCUGCCAGCAAAGUCAUUGCCCUCAAAG